CAACAGUUACCAUAUUAUAUACGUGAGUUAACCGAAAAACCGGGCCUAUCCUGAACUAACCAAGCGUCAAGAUAACGUAAGUCGAGGAGAGCAAGAUUGUAGAGGCUUGACGCGAGAUUCAAGGAUUUUAAAUGGAAGAUGGUUGAGCAUAAAGCUCAAGAUGUUGGUGCUAAAUCCCGGACAGAAGAUGUUCAAGUUAUUGAUGACAUUGAUUUCAAAUCAAUGUUGUUACCUAAACCAAUUGUGGAAGGCCUAAAGAAAUCUGGGUACAUCAAACCAUCACCAGUACAAAGAAAGGCUUUACCUUUAGUCAGAUGUGGGCUAGAUCUGAUUAUCCAGGCAAAGGCAGGUACAGGAAAGACAUGCGUAUUCACCAUAGCAGCUUUAGAGUUACUGCAAUCGACUGUACCACGGUUACAAGCUAUCAUAUUGGCCCCUACACGUGAGAUCGCCCAGCAGAUCACUGAAGUCAUUACGGCUAUUGGACAGGAAAUUCCUGGACUAAAGGCCUGCUGUUUUGUCGGGGGCUAUCCUCUCAGCCUGGACACCAGCAAGGCAAGAGGCUGCCAUAUCGCGGUCGGUGCGCCUGGUCGUAUGAAACAUCUGCUUGAGAAGGGGAUCCUCAAUACUGAGCAUGUGCGGCUCUUUGUGUUGGAUGAGGCUGAUAAGCUCAUGGAGAAAGCUUUUGUUGAAGAUAUCAAUGUGAUCUUCUCACAUCUGCCAGAGAGUAAGCAAGUGCUGGCAUGCAGUGCCACCUACACCAAAGACUUGAUGGAGUUCCUGAGUUGUUACAUGAACAGGGGACAGUAUGUGACGCCUGAGCCUACCAGUGGUACCAAUAUGACUGUCCUCGUUGGCAUCAGGCAGUAUAUCAGUGUUCUCACCCAUCAUGUUGACCGAUUGGCACAACUUCAACUCAAAGAGAACCAUCUGCUAUAUCUCUUACGGUCCAUCUCGUUCAACCAGUGCCUCGUCUUCUCCAACUUCCACACCAGGGCGGUCAGUGUGUGCAACAUGUUGCGUGGCCAGGGUUGGAGUGCAGAGUGGAUUGCAGGCCGGCAAGAACAAGCUGACCGGGUGAUUGCACUAUCACAGUUGAGGGAGCAGAAAGUGCGUGUGUUAGUCACAACAGAUCUGACUGCCAGAGGUAUUGACAUAGAGAACGUCAAUUUGAUCAUCAACCUUGAUGUGCCGCUUGACUAUCAGACAUAUCUCCAUCGCAUGGGCCGAGCUGGCCGGUAUGGAUCUCAUGGCAUGGUGAUAACAGUAUUGUCCUCUGAAAAAGAAUUGGCUCUACUCCAACGGCAUUUGGGAGCAAUUGGAGGGAUAUCACAGUCAGUGAGCAAAAUUCCUGAAGAUUUAAGGAGUAUUGAUUUGUGGACAACUUCAGAAAGUGAUUUUGAAAAAGUGUAUGGUGUCAUUGAAUCUAAGGAACAUAGUUCUCAGAAGAAAGAUAUUUGUAAAGACCCUAAAGGAAUUGAUAAAAGUACACCAUUAAAAGAAAUUGUAAAAGCCUCAGAUAAAGUUAAGGAAGAGAGUAAUAAAUCAGAAUGUUCGACUGAUACUGAUGAGAAAUUUUCUGGAGAAAGUACUGCUACUUUAAGUGACGACUCUUUUAUAUAUGUUCCUAAAAGUUCUGACAUGUAUAUAAAUGGUAAAGACAGCGAUAAGAAGUCUGAAGAGUCAACAGUUGUUGAUGAAAAAUCAUCCCAUAAAAAUAGUGAUGAAAGUGAUGUGAUACUUACAUGUGAUAAACAAAAUGUACCUGCAAAUAAUGAUUGUUCCUGUAAUAUGUUUAAAGUACAACUGACGGACAUUGAAGUGGGAUCUGAGCCUUCAGUAUUUUGUGCUAUAAAAUCAGAAGAGCAUUGGGACCCAGUUUAUUCUUUUUUGGUUCACGAGAAUGAAAUACCUCUGAACACUCCUCAAAUUGUACUAGAUUCUAAAUUCUAUAGGCUUAAGACUUUGCAGCAGUUCUCUUUGGAUAGUUUUGAUGUGAACAAUAGUGAUUUUCAGUUAGUUAAUUUUGAAAAAAGUUGUAAAACAAUAACAAAUUAUAGUUUUGAAGAAAUAGACUCUGUACUUAAUGAUGGAGCAAUUAAUCUGAACACUUAUCCUAUCCCUGAAGAUCAUGUAGAAAUCUUAAGUUUUAGUGAAAUUGGAGAUUUCCUAGACAAUUGUGAUAAUGAAGCCAAAUCGUGCCUAGACAUUGAAAAUAGUGAAAAAAUUAAUCAAGUGUUAAGCAAAUACGAAAAUAGCAGGAAAAAGGUAGAGAACUGUGUUAAAUGCUUUAACUGCUAUGAUAUUAUUGGUUGGAUGGCUGUGGAUGAAAAAUUUGAUAUGUUGGAAAAAUUAAAGAACAAGUCACACCAAGUUUUUGCACUUAUCCUUGUAAAGUGCCAUUUCGGAAACGAUCAUCUUAAGGUAAUAUUUUCUAGUGGAGAUUCUAAUAAAAUUGAAAUGAAAAAAACCGAUAAGGUAAAAACAUUCAAUUUGAAUCAAUUGAAUAUAACACCACCGAUUUCAAUGGAAAAUAUUGUGAAACAAUUUACACUAAACAAAAAACGUAAAGCAGAUACUUAUAAUUUUACAAGUGCGACAGAUGCACCAGAAAAUAGUCCCAAAAUAAUCAAAAAUGGAUUUGGAAACGGAGAAAAAUUUGUUAACACAAAGAAAAAUGAAAUAGAAAAAAUCAGUUCUUCUAAACCUUUAUUAAGAAAUAAUUGUUCUCUCAAAGUAUAUACAACAUCAUUUUCUAAAAGAAAUAACAUUGUUCUCGGCAAAAAGAAUUCCUCCCAAGUUGGCGAUGUUUCAAAGAAAUCCAAUCAAAAAUCUAGGUCAAGUACUAAACAAAAACACGUACAGCCUUUAAUUAAAAAAAUGCCAGAUAAAGUAAAACAGUCAACAGCCGAAUUAAGACAAAAAACAUAUUCAAAGUCUGAUACGAACAAAAGUGUAGCUUCACAAUCUAUUACAAAAAGUGAAACACUUGCACAUAAAAAAGAAGCAUCUAAACAUACUGAAGUCCACAAGAGACAAGAUGCAAUGGAUGUGAAGAAAUCAAAUGAAAAGAUUGUUUUGAAAUCAGGAAAAGAAAUUUACCACAGUUUAGACCCUGAACAAUCCGUAAUUCAAUGUGAUGUUCAAAACAGAUUUAAGUACACUUCUUCCACUGGAAGUGAGGAUUCUCUCUCAUACAUUGAUCUCUCACAGCCUCUUUUGAGAUGGAAUGAACUUCAUGAUUUUGCCGAGUCAGAUUCUGAAUCAAGUGAAGAAUCUGAUGUUCUUCAACACUCAGUACCUCCGAAAGUACAAGAGUCAUCCUCAGAUUCAUCAGAUUUACUGAGUGUAAAAUCAGAAGUUAAGAAACAAAAAGAGUUCCAAGAGAAAUUACUGAAACCAAUGAAAGAACAUUAUAAAUACGUGCGUAAAGUUACCAGCAAAGAAGUGUUUGAUGAUUGUGACUCUUUGGAGUCUGAGGAAUAUAAUCAUAAUGGUUUUGAAACAGUUCCAGAACAUCAAGACUUUGUUCAAGGUCUAGAUAAAGACAGUACUAAUAUAAGCUCAAAAAUCGAGCAAUCAGGCCCCAAAAAAUUUGGUAGUUAUAAAAAAAGAACUAAUGGUGAAGACAGUGUUCGUCCAUGCGGCAGGAUAAAAUCUACAAACACUACUCGUACUUUAGCCAGGACCAAUAAUAAACGUGCUGGAAAUACGCAUCGAGGCAAUUCCAACCAAUAUGAACAAUGUAAAGACCAUUGGGGUUAUUCUUACCAAAGUGAGACUUCAAAUAGUGAGCAAAGUCCUGAAUUAGAGACAUUGUCUGGAAAUGACCUAUUUUCAGAAUGGUACUCUGCUUGGUAUACUCAAGUUCGUAAAAGUGCUCGAUAUAUUGAAGUUCAUGAAUACUUAACUGUGAUGACUGACCCUUGAAAAUGCUAAUCACAUCAAUUGUUAUUGAAUUGUUUUUUGCAGCAUUUAUCUUACUUUAUUUAAGUUAUUACAAAUGUUGAUAUAAGUAGUAAUUUCAGGAUAUUAGUGGACAUUUGUAUUACUACAAUCAAACGAAACUUGCAUUAUUACACUAGUUGUCAAUUAGUCUUUUCGAAUAAUUUUAAUUCAAUUCGUAUUGUUAUGCUGUUAACUAUUUAGUAUGUAUUUAUAUUUAUAUUUUAUAGCAGUUUAAUAUUUUGUUAAUGUGUGAAUAUUGUUAAAUUAUUGUGGAAGUGAGCAAAUAGAUUCAACUACUUGGCUAUCUCUCUAAUUCAAUAAUUAAAAGUUUAGAUUUGUAAUGCUUGCUAGAACAAACAAAGAUUUAAACUUUGAAUGUAUUUUAUACGUAGCUUCUUAUGAAGUGGAUUAUAAUAGGAUAUAAGUUAUUUUUGAUACUAUGUGUGAGUAAAAUGUAAAACCUUUCUGUAUUUUGUUGAACUGUGAACAAUAUCCAGGAAAGGGAGUAUAUGCAGUUCAGCCAUUGUAAAUUAUUUGGUUCACCAAUAAAAAAGCAUCUACAGCAUUA